UUGAUGGAUGAGUGUGGAAUAUGUUUGCACGCUGUUGAGAAUGAAGUGGCUUUAAACUGUGGUCAUAGAUUCUGCCAUAACUGCAUUUCGCAAGUUCUGAAGAAAACGAAGCCCAAGUGCACAGUUUGCAGAUGCGAUAUUGCCCUCACAGAUGAGGUACCAAAAAAUCAGCCAACAGGAAUUGACGUUUCACAAGCGUUUUUGGAAGACUUUCAUCAUUCUUUGAAAGUUGUCCCAAGUUUCCCAUCAGAACUUCAUCAGUUUAACCCCUUGACAAAAUUUACACAGGGUUAUUCAAAAAUUAUCUAUGCGAUUUUACAGAGUGGCGAAAAUGGGCUUUUGAUAAGAGGACGAAAGAUUACGGAUGAAAUAAGACAUGGGUGUUUGUUUCUCCCAGCACGGGCGUCGAACACUAUCAUUCUAAUCAAAAACGUACGUGAUAUACACAAAGUCGAUGCAGAACAUGGGAAGCAAUUUUGUUCAACAAAAAUACAGUUGAUCGUUGACUCAGUGUUUCACCAAGCUCAAAAGUUAAAUGAGCUCAUUGGAAAGGAUCCAAACACCGAACACACUACAAAAAACGACAGAAAGCUCAUUUUGUGUGUCUGUGGAUCUAACUCGAACACAAUGCAGCAAUUCGUGAAAAAAUUUCAAGAUGCUGAGAAAAGAAUGCACAUUUCUUUAUUUGAUCAAAUUGAUUGGUUUAUCUACAAAAUGCCGGAGAAGAUAAAUAGACUCUGCACAACAUGGUCUGCUCCUUUGAAAGAACCCAUUUCUGGACCAUGUAUGAAACUUAUAAGAAGUUGUCCUAAAGAAACUGUCAUCUUCAAAUUGCGGAGAAAAAGUUUCAUUUGCGGUGGUGGUGCAGAAAUAUCAUUUCAGAAUACAGAAGAAGUUUUUCAACUUUUUGACGUCUUUUUCAAAGAUCGUAACGAAAAAAUUUGCUUUGUGCCCGAUAUUGAUUUAAUUUGCGAUAACCUUCUGUACAAAACUACUGAUAACGGGGAAUUAGGAAAAGUGACAGACACUAGCUCUUACAAAGGUGAAGUUGAACUGUUUAUUCGCGAAUACCUUUCCAAGCUUAAAUCACCGAAUGGUAUCAUGCUAAAAAAUUACAGCAGCAGACAUUUUGCCACUUUACUUGACGAUGAUUCCGUUCAACCUGGAGAUUUCCAAACUGACUGGCUCUACAUUGGUGAUGAAAAAAUCAUUGCCAUCGAAAUUGGGUUAACAGAUACGACGAAUUACGGAACCAAUUCCCACUGUACAACUGUCAGCAACAUGAUAACUAAUGUUCUCAAAACAACCAUUCCGUAUUUUCAGACUAUUCUGUAUUCAAUUUUCACUGCCUCGAUCAAACAGACCCACGAAAAUGCAACAGAUUUUAUUAAAAGGGUUUUCCAAGUUUGCAUUAUCCUGCCGAAUAUAACAUUCCUGCAGCUUCGAAAUGCACUAGACAAGAUGAAAGAGAAUCCGACAUACAAUGAUAUGUUCAACUUAAUGAAAUACAACGAACCCUUUUGGUCACAGAAUAUGUUUUUUGUAGCUCAACCUGAUCCCUGGACUGAUUAUUUGUUCAGAAUCGACGAAAAACUCACACUUUUCCAUAACCUCUCCCCAAGUGAUUUAUUGAGUUCCAAUCGCGAUUUAGCAGCGAUGACAAACUCAAAACCUGACCUUCCCAGUAAUACAAAAACGGUUUCAUUUGCUGAACUGUUCAGCUCCAAAUCGAGCACACAAUCUUUUGUAUUCCGUGAUUUAUCAGCAUUGAUAGCCUUGUCUUCUCUGAAUUUCAUCGAACUUUCUUCAGAUAAACUCCAAUUCCGUGAUGUCGAUGAAAGAUACCGAAGAUCGUUUAGUAACUGGAAGGCAAAACAAGACAAUUUGACAUAUAGUGGCAGCGACUUCAUUCUGAGCCCAGAGCAACACCGUAUUCUAUCUAACGAAAACGCAACGCAUUUAUUGAUUAGCGGAGAACCGGGAUGUGGCAAAACAUCGCUUCUACUGGCUAAAUGUCAACUGAUAGCUGAAAAAAAUGAUGUGAAGACAAUUUAUUAUCUUGUGAAUGAAACAAAAACUUUAUUUCGGGACUCUCUGACCAAGAUGGUUGAAAAACAUGGAAGUGAUCUGUUGAAAAGCAAGCUGGUCAUAAUUCCUGUAACAGGCGAUUACCACAUUUCAAUCAGGAACCAAUCAAGUCACGAAAACCCAAGUGAAAUUGCAAUUCUAAUAGACGAAAUUUAUUCAGAAGAGGAAGCUUUGGCACUUUCGAAGUUUCUAGGGCUCUCUAACGUUAUCUGGGCUGUAGCUGUGGAAACUGGCCACUUUGUUAGCCAAUUAGAUCUAUCAACGCACCUGUCACAGUUUAAACGGGAAACGUUACAUGUACUGUUCAGAAACUCACGACACAUUUGUGACACUUCGCACAAAUUUAUCGAAUCCAAUGCUGGUCGAGUUUUUACAGAUAAUAAAGACGUCAUCGCCGGAUGUUUUCAGUCCUCUCAGCCAGCAAUUAGACUGGAAUAUUUACAGUUGUCAGAUCAAUUGAAUUUAUUGAAUGCACCAGCCACAACAAACUUCUUGUAUCAUCAUAGAAAUACAGAUUUUUUCAUGGUUUUAUUCACAAUGAAAGAAAACAGUGAUCGCUAUGAGAAUGCUAAAUUUUUUGAAACAGCGAAUGUAGACGAGAAAAAAUUUGUAAUAAUAGAUGAAACGAAGGUCGAUCCACGUCAACUCCCAUUCACGGGCACCGAGUUCCAAUCAGUUUUGAUACUGGUUGAGGCGUUUACCUCUCUUAGUGCUAUAAAUUUAGCAAUCACAAGAGCUCAAUUUGAAGUCGACAUUAUAGCCACGGAAACACUGAAAGCAGAUAAAAAGUGGCUCGAUUAUGUCCAACGUCUUAUUGGGAUCGAGUCUAACUACUGGAAUUUCAUGAGAGGCGAUAGCCCUAUCGUUUCCUACUGGCUAAGCCCCCAAGAACGAAGUGAUGCGGAUUACAAUUGGCUGCAGAAAAGAGUUGAACGAGAUUGGAGUGAAAAAACUUUACUUCAUUUGCGGGAAAUUCAUGACCUGGAAACUGUGCUUUCAGUUGCCGUCGCUGCAUCAGCUUGGAAACUUUUCUGUCCAGACAUUAAUAACCCAUCUCUACUCUCGUCAGAUGUACUAGAACGUAUGACUUCAAACAGGCGCACACUAUUCCUUUUUUUUCACGCAUUAAGAAGUGGUGAAAACUCCAAAAUUCUUUUUUCGCUGAAAAUUCUCAAGUCCUACAGCUUCUAUAAACUUGAAUUGGAAAUAACUGGUACGUAUCAAUCUAGGCCUCUAUCGUCGUUACUGCCUGAUCGAACGAACUCAAUUUAUGAGGAAAUUGUACUGUUUUUUCUUUUGUUGAUAUGCGACAAGAGAAUCCGAGGAAAGCUUGUGCUGGAUCAAAUAAACUCUUGGAUCGAAUCUCUCAAAAUAAUUCCAAAUUUUAAAGGCAUGCAAACGUAUGAAAUUGAUGAAUGUGCACAAAUCAUCUUCGACUUGCCAAAGUUUGAAUCAGUUUCUAACAGUGAAGAAUAUUAUCAAAUUAUUGCAAGUUAUUUUGACGGAACAGGACUACUGCAUAGAGCCAUUCAGAGCUGGAACGGAUCAGUGGCCUAUAAUCUGGUAAAUUUCCUGUCAGAUUCAAGUAAAUACAAGUUUCUUGAAUGGGAAAUGAAGCAGCUUCUCCUCACACAUGAAUCUUUUUCACAUAUUGCUCCUGAAAUUCUUCCCCAUAUAUCAGAGUUUACUUUGUUCUACAGUGGUUUUGGUUGGUACCCCGAACCUGAUUCUUUCGAAGAAGGACAACAAGUCUUUCAGUUUACGUUUCAGUGCUUCUUGGGUUUCCGAAAGUCAAUACCACUAAGUUUGAGAGACCGAAAUCAAUAUGUCGACUUUCUUAGAAAGCAUGAGUGGAACAAAGGGUUACUCUACAAAGCCUGUGAAACUGGAAAGCAUGCAAAUAUCAAUUGGGCAAUUAAAUUCCUAAAAAAAUUUAUGGAGCCCAGCUUGAUAUGGGAAAUUGAACCUCUUGAUUAUGGUAAAGAUACCAUUGUAACAGCGCUGAUGUCAUCAGGUUCUAACGAACGAGACAUCUACCGCGAACUGUUACAGUUCAUAGCAGAAAGAGUACCUUUUCGUCUUCUGUGGGACCACUUUAAUUCCGAAAACUGCCCCAUAUCAUGGAUUGCCAAAAGCCAGUUAACCGAAACAGAGAAAUUCAUGUUCAAUCGCGAAUUCAUACAAUAUUACACCCUGUAUGAAAUCGUACAAGAAAUUUUUUUGAGGUACAAUAGUUGUGAUGCGAUACGACUCUGUGAAAUUUUAAAGAAUAAUAAAAUUGGCCAAAUUUACCGGCUCGAAAGCAUCCUCUCCUCAGAUCGAAACCAGUUGUUCACAGACUAUGAAGCAAGGUUCAGGAGAUUUCUUGUUUGUUUCAUUCAGUAUCUGUUGAGAAACUUGCCAAAUGACAUUUCCACUGAAAAAAUCAACAAAACGAAUAAAAACUUUCCAAUGAGUUGCGUAUUUGACCUCAUACAUAGAAUUGAAACAACUUCCGAUAUUCCCGUGAACAAAAUUGUUGAAGCUCAAUCGGCAGAAAUUGAAUCGAUUGAAAAAAUUUGUUCGACUACAGUCCAACAAAUGGAUUUUUUUGAAAACCUUAAAAAUCUUUCCACCACCACUGUAUCUUCAGAUCUGCUUUGUCAGUAUACUAGUCAACUCGGUCUACAAAAAGGCAUUUUAAACGCAGCAUGGUCAACCGCAAAUGUGAAUUUCGUGUUUGGAUGCAUCCGGAAUCUUCUUCAGUUUCCCAAUAUUCUCCUUCUUGAGCUUAUGCUAUUCAACAACAGCUAUAUAGACGUUAGUUCCGAGCUCCAAGGUCAAUCUACAAGCGAAAAAAUUAGGAUCACAUUUGAAACAUUGUUUCAUUGCCAAGAAGGAUGCCAGCCAAUCAAUUUCAUCUUUGACGCUGCAGAAUUAGAAAGUUGUUUGAAUCUAAGUCUGAAGUGGAACAGCUACAAUUUUUUGGUCCUAUUAUUGUAUCCCAGCUCAUCGAAACUCUCGUUUACACAGUACAUCGGCUAUGAUCCAGAUCUAUAUUAUUACGAUAAAAUACAUAAGCACGAACAAUGCCUGAGGUCUAAAUUUUACAAUAGAGGGUUAAUUUACCGAGCGUGCGAGACACUGCAGCCUGAUAAUAUCAAAUGGGCUAUUGAUUUCCUCGGUUCAAUAGACAAGUGCUUGGUUGAGACUGAAAUGAUCAAAAUUUAUGAGACUAAAGAUGCUUCUUUGACCAAUAUGCUGAUACCAUAUGGGUCCCCUACUCAAACAACAGAUGCAGAUGCAGAACCAUGCAAAUAUGACAUGAAGAAGCAGAAGACGUUUUCAGAAACGUUUUACUUGAAUAAUAACGAGAAAACAAUUUUCGUUCAAUUCGAGAAUGUGGACUCAAUCUACCAGUCAGAUUUGAUUGAAAUCUACUUCCCGGAGAACUGCCUCAUCGGAGAGCGAGAACUAGCGAUUGAAGUAACCAUUCCGGAUGAAAUUAACAGAUUAGAAAGCUGGGAAAAACUGAUCACUCCCGUUGUUUUCAUUUCUGCGCAAAAACAUGUUACUUUUCUUCGAAAAGUGAUUGUUAAACUUCCAUACAAGGGAAAUUACGCAGAUUGUUCAGUAGCCAAAACAGUGGCUACCGAUGAAAAAGAGCUUGAAGUUGGCGAAAAUCAUAUUAGCGUCAGUUCAUUCCAUUUUUCGCCAGUUGCUGUUAUCAGUACAAAAACGGCAGCAACAAAUUGCUUGCGAAACUUUAACAACUUUGACGAGAGUUUGAUGUUCAACGAAGCCACUGUUUUCUUCACAAUGAAACAGAAAGUUGACAGAGACCACCACUCGGACCCCUAUGAGCUUGAAUUCCAGUGCCGACCUUUGAAAAAUUGCCAGGAAGCAGAAACAUUUCGAGCAAAACCUAACUGGUUUUACUUUAACCUGAGUGAUACAGCAAAUUACGAGCAGAUGGAAAAAAAAGGAAAAGUUCUAUUAACAGUUAAUGGUUAGUUUAGGAAUAUGCCCCAAUUCAACUUAU